AUGUCCUGCCAACAGAACCAGCAGCAGGCCCAGGCCCCUCCCAAGUGCCCAACACCCAAGUGCCCCUCACCCAAGUGCCCCUCACCCAAGUGCCCCCCAAAGAGCCCAGUAGGAUGUCUGCCUGCAGCCUCCUCCUGCUGUGCUACAAGCUCUGGGGGAUGCAGUGGGCCCAGCUCCUCUGAGGGCGGCUGCUGCCUGGGCCACCACAGGAGGCGCAGGUCCCACCAUGGCUGCCGGCGCAGGAGCUCCAGCUCCUGUGAUCGAGGCAGUGGCCAGCAGUCCGGGGGCUCUGGCUGUGGCCAGGGCUCUGGGGGCUGCUGCUGA